AUGCGUACUAGGGUUGCGGUGGGCAAGGGCAUUGGAAGAGAUGUGACAUUUGUGUAAGGUUAGCAAGAGAUUCCGGCGCUAUAAUAUUUACAUUUCUAAUCACGUUCAUUGAUUUUAACAUUCGUACACAAUAUUCGAAUCGUCACACGAUUAUUUCUUUACAGCAAACGAGGAGAAAUCACAUAUUGAAAGCUGACGGUGGAUGAGAAGAUUAAACUUCCUCACCACUGGUUUGCACAAAUAUGCCAAUUUACCUAUAACCUAAUAUUGUUAGGUUGCCCAGCACCCUGACCUGAAUGGCUGUGUGCAGAAGGGGUGUCUCAUUUUGGGUGGGUUGCAUCAGGAGCCAGUGUAGCAGGCAGCCAAUAAAGAAACAGAGCUGGUGUGAAUGGCAGAAACUUGACUCACAGUUGAGUGGCACCUACAGAGUCCUUAGUAGUGCAUCAUGGGCUUUGGCUCCCCCAAAUAGCCUGAAUUACCAAUCUUCCAAGAAGUUGUCCCUUUUUCACCCAUUCCACCAUGCCUGCCAGCCGCAUAGAGUGCAAAGUCUAGAUGAGUGGGAGGAGACCCUUAGCCUGUGCGUUCUGUUUAAACCCAGGGAGAAAGAUGAGCAGUACACACUGAUUAAGGUACCCCUGUUUGGACAAGUCAGCCUGAAUGAGCUCCAAGGUUUGGGAACCAACAGUCCUACUGAUUUGUUUUUUCCUUUAACCACUGUUGACGGGAGGAGAGAUGAUGACAUUAGUGUUACUGGAAAAAUAAGGAAUGGAAGAAGGCCUCAGUGGGAGCAGAGGGAGCAGGUCUCAUUCCGGAGUUUGUUUGAAACUGAAGGAUGUCCAGCUCCCUUCACUCUGGGCUCUCAUUUCUUUUGCUUUCACUGCCCCGGGAUGGAGCCCUUGUUGGAGGUUGCUGGCAGGCUGAGGAUUGAACAUGAAGGACAGGCUCGCUACCCACUUUCCCCUGUCUCACUCUGCAGUCAUGGGGAGCUGGGGAGUGUGGAGAAAGGUUUCAGUGAGAAAGACAAGGAGAAUGAGGAGAAACUUGCUAUCAUAUAUGAGAGACUUAGGAUUGAGCUCCCCAGCUUUUUUGUGAAGAAUCAUGACUACUCCAUGUAUUGCAAUGAUUUGGAGUUUAUCAAUGGUCUUCUCAACACCAGGACUAGAGGUCGUGUAGCAUACCAACUGAUUCUGUCGCUAUGGAGAUUGCUGUGUCUGUGUUACUAUGCGGAGGUACGGAUGGAGGUGCUGAAGUUAACUAAGCACCCAGAGGACGGCUCCAUCAAAGCAAGGUGGAGGGUCAAGGGCUUGCCCUUCUACUCUCUACUGCUCCGCUUCUACAAGAAGGACAAGACACAGUUUCAUAGGACAUAUGAUGCAUUCUCUACCUUCUAUGUCGGCUCUGAUGGACUCAUACACUGUCAUAAAGUUGAAAAGGUGAUGCAGGCCCAGCCUCCUGUGCUGCCAAAAGUGACAUCCCUGCUGGCGGGAGCCCUAGUGGCUCUGGGUGUUCAGGAGCCCAGGCCUGCCCUCAACCUGCUGCCGCCGCUCCUCUCCGCCAUCAGACAGAGCCGAGAGUAAGGAAGGGAGCACGUACAAGACAUGUGGUGUAGCCGUGUGGAGGAGCAUGUGUUAUUACUGUUCUCAGUGAGAGGGAAGAGUAAACCUUCUCAAGAACACCUGAAAGAGAAGGCAAGAUAGAAUUGAAGGAGGGAAAAGCCAGCAACUAAGGUUAAGAACAGAUGUUUUUCUGACAAUAGGAAAUAUAAACCAUCUUAUCUCUCAUAUAUGUAAAGCAAUAUAUGUCAAGGAAUAUUGUGCUAUGCCAACUCUGCUGAUACCUUCAGGCAGCCUCUGUAAUGCUUGUGUGCGCUGGAAACCACUAGUGCAGGCUAUUUUUCCUACCCCCUAUUUCUUCCAUUCUGUUUACUGUAUGUCAGGUGAUAACAAGCACACAGUUAUAGAGAAGAGCGGUAGUGUUUUUUUUUUUAAUGAAUACCCCCCCCCCCCCCCCCAAUAUUAACCAGACCAUUGGCCACCGAAAGGAAUUUACUGAGUUUAGUACAAAUGGAUUUAUGUUAUAUAUGACUAUUUAUGACUUCAUGACUUAUGGAGUAGCCUUGAUUUCCAGCAAACCCAUUCAUCCAAUAAAAUAGUGUGAAGUGUGUCUUGCUGCCUGCAUGUGGUGCAUGCCACCAAUCAGUUGUGCUCCAGUUCCACAGUGAUCCUUAUAUCGCUUUCAGUGGCUGGAAACAAGGCUGCUCCUGGAACGAGGGCAUGUCUUUCGAAAAUUUGUUGGCUUCAGUAAAAGCAGUAAUCAUGCAGGUUUUGUAGGGUAAAAUGUGGUUCAGUGGUGCAGAUAACACAUUCUAGACUUCAGUGUGGUUGUUUCGAGCCCACUUAAGAACAUUUUUUUCAUUUGUAGUAACAUGUAGCCUAAAUGUUUUAUUUGAUACUACAUUAUACAAAUCCAGACUGCACAAUGACUUUAUUCAUUAAUUCAUUAAGUUUUUCACUAAGAGAGGAUUAGUGCAUUAUAAAUGCAGUUAUAGUUGCUUAUCUAAAGUGAAAAAGUACUUGUAUAGCACUUUUACCUUAAAUGGCCCUGCUAUAACCUGUUGUACAUUAGCUGAAACACUGUCUGGAUCCAUUUAUGCUGUGCUUCAUUGUGUUAUGUCUUUGCUGUAUGACAAAGCUUAUUUAGACUAAUUUAAAGCACACAAUUUGUAUAUUUUGCAAGUUGAGAGGGGUUAACAGUACACAAAUGGGGGACCAGUCCAAGCCAGGUCAUUGGAAAUGAUGUACACUAGUAAUAUCACAUUGUAUCAUGGGCCUUCUCUUUGACUGAGCUGGCACACUCCUUGGAAAGAUAUUCUGCUUGUACCUGGAGACUGUGUGUUAAAAUGUGUUCUCUUUAUAAAGGUAUCACACUUCUGCACUAUACUCUUUGUAUGUAAACUGCUUUUUUGAUUAAAUGUUUCAUUAUUACAUUAUGGAAAAGCAGGAAAGCAAGCGGUAGAGGGGCGGGUGGUUCAUUCAUAAAUCUGAAUACAGCCUUGGGCUGUUUAACAUAAUUCCCAAUGUAAAUGUGAAUGGAGGAAUUUUUUUGCUUUUCAUAUUAUGAAUAAAACAAAACGGGCACUGGGGUGUCUGGUAAGUA